UGCAGGAAUAUGCCUUGCAGCAGCUUCAAGAAGGAGCAUCAAUGUGUGGGUUUAGGUCUGUGCUAUGUACUAUGCUACUGUUGUGCUAUCAUACCUUCUUGACCUUUGUGCUAGGGACAGGUAAAGGAAAUGUUGAAGAAGCAGAGAAACUUCUCAAACCUUACCUGACUCGAUAUCCAAAAGGUGCCAUAUUCCUGUUUUUUGCAGGGAGAAUAGAAACAAUAAGAGGCAAUAUUGAUGGAGCCAUCAGAAGGUUUGAGGAAUGUUGUGAAGCUCAGCAGCUUUGGAAGCAGUUCCAUCACAUGUGCUAUUGGGAACUGAUGUGGUGUUUCACAUACAAACGCCAGUGGAAGAUGGCCUACUUCUAUGCGGAUCUGCUUAGCAAAGAGAACGCCUGGUCAAAGGCUACAUAUGUAUUUAUGAAAGCUGCCUAUCUCAGCAUGUUUGGGCCAGAAGAGUAUAAACCUUUUGGAGAUGAUGAAGUUGUGCUAUUUAGGGCUGUGCCGAGUCUGAAAUUGAAAAUAGCAGGGAAAUCCUUGCCAACAGAAAAGUUUGUAAUUCGGAAAUCUCGAAGAUACCUUUCCCCAAAUCCUGUCCCACUUCCUGUGCCUGUUUUGGAAAUGAUGUAUAUCUGGAAUGGUUAUGCAGUGAUUGGGAAGUGCCCAGACUUAACUGAAAACAUGCUGGAAUCCUUAGCAGACGCAGAAACAAUCCUGGAAAAAAGCCCAGCUACAGAUUUCCUUGUUGAUGACCAUUGUGUGAUAAAGCUUCUGAAAGGGCUAUGCUUGAAAUAUCUGGGCAAGAUAUCAGAAGCAGAAGACCACUUUACUUACAUUCAUUUCAAUGAAAAGAAGAUCAAGUAUGAUCAUUACUUAAUUCCAAAUGCACUGCUUGAACUUGCUUUGUUAUAUCUGGAUCAAGGUAAAAUAGAAGAAGCAAUUAAGAUCCUGGAAAGAGCAAAGCAAAAUUACAAGAAUUAUUCCAUGGAAACGAGGACACACUUCAGAAUUCAAGCUGCUUUGCAUCAAGCCAGAUCUUUCCCAGAUGAUGAUGAUCAUUCUAUAGCAACUGUAGUUUUGUAAUGUUACUGUUGUUUUUUUUUUAAUCAGCAGCUCAUUGGGUAUAUAAACCUUCACAGGUUAUUACUGGCAAUGCUUUAAGAUGGUUUCCAUGUUCAAGUUCAGCACAAACAUUUUUUAAUUUUAAAAAUUCUGAGGAAUCAACACUAAAAAGCAGUAUUUUUUUAGUUAUCUAUGUGUGUCACUUUCAGCUAGUUAUAAGCAUUUUAAAAUAUAUCUGUUAAGUUGGAGAGGAAUAGUAAAUAAACUAGUAGAAGCUUGAAGACUUUCUGCUCAUACCUUGAUCAGAUUCAGAUGAGAUUAUUAAUUUUUACAUGGACUUAUUAAAUGGACUUUCUUGAUAAUGAAGGAAUAAUCGAAUUACCUGUUAAAUUACUUCUUUAAAGACAACAAUGUGCAUUCCUAUAAGCUUGCUUACUUACCCCACAGUGAAAUAGUUGAGAAAAGGUAGAACCUCCCUCCUGUCAGCUCUCCUUUAAUAGGCAAGUGCCAACUGAAUGCUGAUAGGGCAAAAGAUUGAGUUGUGUAAUACUGUUGCUUUGCCAGUUUGACCGCUUAUCAAGGAUUUUAGGAUAAAUAUGAAUAUUAAAAUAAGUGAAGAACUACAGCAAAUAAUCCUGAAUCAUUUUCUGGGACAAAAGCCAAGUUUAGCGUUUGAAAAGAAUUAGGGUCAUUAAAAUAAUUUCAAUACACUAUUAUUCCAAAGCAGUAAACAAUUAAUUCAACUUAGGCAAAUUAGUUCACAAAGUAUUUUAUAUAAGAAAGCGUUUUAAGCUGGAACAUGUAUAGAUCAAGCUGUUGAUUCUCAAUCAGUGGGGUAUCUCAGGCGGGACACAGUAAGUCACUGAAACUUUAAUUAGCUUUUGAAACUAUAUAUGCUAAAUAUAAUAACACAAUGACUAUAAAUUUCCUUAGAAAAAGGGGGCUUUUUGUUUCAUCCAUGGUAGGACCAGUUCCUUUGAGUGAGAACUUCUGGGCUAGACUAACCAGAGCCUUGAGGUAAAAGGAAUAUAGACAAAACAGUAUUGUAUUUUAUCACCUGUGUGUUCUAUACAUAUUCUCUGGUUGGACAGUUCCUGAGAAAUUGCUGAUUUCUUCUCCAGUUAAAUUAACACCAUAUACUUAAGCAUUUUGCACAACUGAAUUAACAAUUUCACAUGCAAAUGUUACAUGUGCAGUUUGGUCCUUUGCUGAUAUAUUACGUGAAGAAAUGUAUCUGUCAUCUCCGAUUUUGCCAUUUUUCCAUUUCUGUAGGGACCUGAAACAAUGAUAUCACAUGUGAUUUAUUUAUUCAAUGUGCAAUUAAUUAAAUAUCCUGUGACAGGAUACUGGAUUAGGUAGGCCUUUUGUCUGUUGCAGCAUAAUUUCUCUUUUUGGAUUUAGACCAGAGAAUCUUUUCCCACAAUAGAAAUUACUUGCUUGGUCUUGAAACUAGAAAUUAUUUAAUAUUUUCCAGUUUUAAAGAAUGCAACUUUGAGUAAGAGAUUGCCAGCUUUACUAGAGCAAAUGCAGAACACUUACAGUAACUGUUUAUACUAGAUGUGAAAUAUGUGUAUAGUAUAGAUAUACAAAGCCAGUUCUUGUACUUUGGCUGUAAUAUUAAAUAUUUUUGUGGUUCUUGAAAUUUGUAGCAUGUCAUUUUCUCCAGUAAUUGAUGGUCCUUCUAAAAUACCCCCUUUUUUUUUAAUGGACAUCCUGCAGUAAAGUUCAUUGUUGCAUCUGUUCAUUUUUUUUAUCCAUGAGAAUUAGUGCAUGAUCCCAAGUAUGGGAUAUUUCCUAGUAUGGGUGCUUCGGCUAUCAUCAUCGUUCUGUUGGUUGUAUUGGAAUGUGAAAGUUAAUAGGUUUUGCUAAGUCAAAGUCACAUUGUAAGCUGAUCUUUGGUAGGUUCUAUUGAAAUGGGUGCAGAUUGGGAUUUAAGCAAAUAACCAGCAUUACAGACAUUCCAACAUAAUUUAGGAAACCUCUUUGGAGAUUCACCUAUGGAAGUUUGUGUGCGCACUUUAACAUUUGGAAGCAAAUCAAACUUACAGAUUCAUGGAUUUAGUAAUUCUUUUUUUUUAAUAACUUUUAUUGCAGAGUUAUGGCAUAUAGUGCACCCACUAAAUCAGAAAACUAUAUUGUGCAGCAUUCAGGCACUUGGGCAAAAUCCAAUGUUGUAUAAGCCAUCUGUGUAAUGAUAGUUUCUUUUGCUCUUCAUACAUAACUCCUUUCUUCUAGAGCAUGUCCCUAAAUUAGGAAGCAUAUAAUCAGUUGUAGAGAAACAGCAAUUAUUGCCCCAGCUGAAAUACAUUAUUGUCAAGUAAAUGACUUCUUUCCAGUUAUACAUUCCAAUAGAUUUUACAUAGUUUUAAGUACACCUGCUAUUGUACUUGAUUCUUCCUUCUAACUAUUACUGAGAAGUGUCAUCUGCCACUUGACCAAAUUGUUCCUCAAUGUAAUUUGUACAGAAUUGUACAGAGUGAUUCUAAGGUACAAAUCCUGCUCCUAAAUGUAAGUACUGCUUCUUUGUAGCAGAGCACAAAUAUGCUUUGAUGAUUAUGACCAUAUAUUUGGACAGAUAAAUUAAAAGGACCGAAUUAAGUUUCUCCCACCAGUAAUCAUGCCCCUGGUGCUGAAUCUGGUGUGUGUGACUGGGUAAUCACCUUUGCUAAUCAUCUAAGUAUUUCAUAAUCAUAUUUUAAAAUAGUUUUGGGAAGAAAAUUUUUGUUCCCAGGGAAGCCUGCUGAGAGCUCAUAGAGUAGUGUGUCCCUUCCUGUCUCAAGCCACAGGAAUUUCUGAUGGGGAGAGUCCUGUUGCUCUUAGCCUACAGUGAUCGGCCAGGAAUAGAGUCUGUGUUGGAAGAGGCCAUGGAUUGAAAUAAAAGCUUGUACCCUAUAUUCCCCUGAUAUGCCAUGAACAAAAGACAGGAAUUUUGCCUGUCCUGGAAUUGACACAGUUAAUUUCCUUUGUAAGAGUGUCAAUCAAAAUAUGCAAAAGGAGACUGCUAUUCUCAGUGUACACACUGGGAAGGCUUAAGUGGCAAUUUGUCCACUAGAUGUCUGCCUCUGCAAGAGAGGUUAUCAUAAAGGGGGAACGAAACAGGCAGUCAACACAAAAGACUGCCAAUUAUAAAUUGUUUGGGCCACUUACCAUAUAAAGUGUGAUGGGAUUAUAUGAGGGCUUCCUCACAUACCUAACUGCUUCACAGUGGCUUGCUGGGCAACUGAUCAGAAAAGGACCAAGCAGGCAUUGUACAAAUGUUCACAUCCAUAACUCUGAUUUGAGUGUUAAAGAAACAAAGUGUUUCUGGACACACACUUUGACUUUUGCACUAAGAAAGCUCUAUGGUUACUGGCUCUUUCAAUAAAAGGUGGCUAACAACCAUAGAGACCCCUCAAGGGCACAAGUCAGGAUACUGGACUGUAGGGUUGCUGAUUAUACAGGAAUAUGGUCUCUUGGAAAGUCAGCAAUGACGGCAACAGCAAUAAAUCAGGAAGUGGGAGACAAGGGAGAAGGAGAGGUCAUGAGCAUCUGCUGCAGGCUAAACCAAAGUCCCCCAGGGGGCAUAUGUUGGCUGUGGUUUGCCCCCCGCCCAGCUUCUCAGUGGUAAAAGUUAAGACGUAGGAGGACAUAAAUUCCCAGCAGAUUAAUACUACUCUCAUAGCACUUUAAAAAGAGUCAUAGAAAGAAAACAGUGAACAUGAAUAAGGUGUUUAAAAAUGGUUCAUUUGCCAAUUUAACAUCCAAGGUAAAAGAAGAAAAGUCUGGCUAUAAUACUUAACAAGAUAGACAUUAACAUUUAUGGAAAAAACACAUGGAAUUAUAAGGUAGUAUGGUUUACUCUGAAAAUAUUGCACAACUUCCUUUUAUCUCUCUUUACUUCUGGUAAUUAAGAACAGUUGAAGGGGGUUGCACUAAAAAGUUUCUUGUAAAAUGUAAAUCAACCUAACAUGGUACUUGCUUCAAACGGCUUUCUUCGAUGCACCAUAGUGUAGCCAUCUGUAUCUGAUGCAGAACUGCAAUUGAGCUAUUUAGACAGGUACAAGGGUGCUGAGGCACAUACGGAGCUCUUCCCCAGCCUCUGUUUUUGUUUUUGUUUUCAUUUCUAAGGCUAACUCUGAUCAUGCUCGAUAUGCCUUGCUCACUAUAAUUUGGAGAGAAAAUCUGCUUGCAUAGGAGCUGUAUGAAUAAACGAGUGUGCACUUUGGAUAUGGACUGAAGCAUCUGAAUGAAAGGUUCUGCAGAAUAAGAAAUAAGCCAUAUGUCAGAUGUUUGCAUACUACUAACCUUGUAGAAAUUAUUUGACAUCUAAUUACUCUAUACUGUUAAGCUUACUGUCUUCAGUGCAGCAGUUUGUUUAAAUACAACUUUUAAAAUCAUGUCCAGUCCUCCGUAAUACAGUGCUAUUAACUGGAGCCUGUAUCUCAUGCUAAAUUAAAAGAAUUGGCUAUAAGUCAAAUGUAUAAAAAUUACAUUAAAGAACACUCAAUAGGACAAAGCCCCACAUGCUAAAUUGACAACUGUUUUUAUAACUACACUUUCCUUGCAUGACUUUCUCUACAAGCACACCUUUUUCUGGUUUCAGACAUA